GAACUCUUUCAUUCCUCUCCGCCCUUUGGCUUCUUUCCUCUGCAACUUCACUGUGCUACUUUUUUCUUCAUAUCUCUCACUCCGUCUCUCAGAAUCAUGGGCAAGGUUAAGAUCGGAAUCAACGGAUUCGGAAGAAUCGGUCGUCUGGUUGCCAGAGUCGCUCUUCAGAGAGAUGAUGUUGAGCUCGUCGCUGUUAACGACCCCUUCAUCACCACUGAUUACAUGACAUACAUGUUUAAGUACGACAGUGUUCACGGUCACUGGAAGCACGCCGACGUUAAGGUCAAGGACUCUAAGACUCUUCUCUUUGGCGAGAAGCCAGUCGCCGUUUUCGGUGUCAGGAACCCUGAGGAGAUUCCAUGGGGUGAGACCGGUGCUGAGUUCGUCGUAGAGUCGACCGGAGUGUUCACUGACAAGGACAAGGCUGCUGCCCAUCUGAAGGGUGGUGCUAAGAAGGUUGUUAUUUCUGCCCCAAGUAAAGAUGCUCCCAUGUUUGUUGUGGGUGUCAAUGAGAAGGAAUACAAGUCCGACAUCUCCAUUGUUUCCAAUGCUAGCUGCACCACCAACUGUCUUGCACCUUUGGCCAAGGUUAUCAAUGACAGAUUUGGUAUUGUUGAGGGUCUUAUGACCACUGUCCACUCUAUCACCGCCACACAAAAGACUGUUGAUGGACCAUCAAGCAAGGACUGGAGGGGUGGAAGAGCUGCUUCCUUCAACAUCAUUCCCAGCAGCACUGGAGCUGCUAAGGCCGUCGGUAAGGUACUACCAGCAUUGAAUGGCAAGUUGACCGGAAUGGCUUUCCGUGUCCCAACUGUGGAUGUCUCUGUGGUGGAUCUCACUGUAAGACUCGAGAAGAAGGCAACCUACGAACAGAUCAAAGCCGCUAUCAAGGAGGAGUCUGAGGGGAAGCUGAAGGGAAUCUUGGGUUACACAGAAGAUGAUGUGGUUUCCACCGACUUCGUGGGUGAUAGCAGGUCAAGCAUCUUCGAUGCCAAGGCUGGAAUUGCCCUGAACGAUAACUUCGUUAAGCUCGUUUCUUGGUAUGACAACGAAUGGGGUUACAGCUCCCGUGUAAUUGACUUGAUCCUCCACAUUGCCUCUACCAACUGACUGUGAUCUGGAACGUUAAGCAAGCGCUGCUAUUUUGCUACACAGUUGUGUUUGUUUUUCUCUGUCUUGGGUCUCCUUUAGGGUAGGGCGAAAUACAGAGCUGGAAUAAAGUUAGUCAUAGAGUUGUGAUGUUUUAGAAACUACUUAAGAGGAUCUUGUUGCCUAUGUCAUUUGGAGUUGAAAAAUGUUAAAAGAGGGUCAUAAACCCUUUUUUGCGUUUUGAAAGGGGGAAGUAGUACUCUUUCUAUUCUGCCUGUUAUAUCGAAGAACACGUCUGUCUGAGAUAAUAUUUGCUCGUCAACUUCUGAUGUUCAAAUUUGUGA